AUGCCUCCCAGUGGCUCGUCGUUUACAGCAUUGAAUUUGCCGGCAGACUUCACGCUUCCGCAAUGCAUGGAAUAUUUCACCCUGAGAGCAGGGCCCAAUACCGACCUCUGGAGAAAACCGCCCAACGGGGAUACAUCGACAGCACCCAUUGUGUUUACGUCAUUACGAAAUCCGUUCCUAGUUGCCGAGGUCACGGUGACGGCGGACUUUGAGAUGGAAUGGGAUCAGGGAGGAUUGGUCAUUUUCGCCGGGGGCGCACCCCAGUCUAUUUCGUCAGGUACAGCGCCGUUGGCGCGGACGCGCCGUUUUGGGGGUGCGUCACCGAAUCCCCAGCCGUGUAAGUGGGUCAAGGCAGGCAUGGAAUUUGCAUCUGGCACGGUCAACGUUUCAUCUGUCAGCGCAACGGCAGACGGAGCUGACUGGUCCCUCGCGCCACUCAGCGCCGCAGAUCGAGGGCCGUCUGCCAUCCAUUCUGUGCGCCUCAAGCUCGAACGCGUCGGCCAUUCACUCUGGGUUUGGUAUCAGGUUCCUUCGGUCUCGCCGUAUGCGAUGACGCCAGGUCAAGUGGCCGAAACGUGGAAGAAGAUGCGCGAGGUUACCUGGUUUUUUUAUGGGGUCGAGGACAAAUUCAUAUAUGUGGGUGUGUAUGCGAGUCGGCCGGCAAAUAUUCAGAGAAGCAGUACGGUUUGGGGUAGGACGCAUCGAACAGGGUCGAGCUCUAGUGCGCCUGCUACUGGCGACUACUUGGUCGUGGAGUUUGAAGAUCUGGAGAUUUUAUGA